AUGUCAACAUCGAAUUCAUCCAAGCUUGUUCUUGUUACUGGUGCUGGUGGACAUAUUGGUAAAUAUUUUGCUGAACAUGCUAAUAAACAAAAAUAUCAACUUCGUUUAAUGGUGCAUUCAAUGGAACCAGAAAAAAUCGAUCCAAUAAAAUCAUUUGGUGAAAUCAUUCAAGGCAAUUUAAAUCAAAUGGAAACAUUAGAUAAAGCUUGUAAAAAUGUUCAUACUAUAGUUCAUCUAGCUGGAGAUGCAAGUCCAGAUUCAACAUGGGAUACAUUAAAAGAGGCUAAUAUUGAUGGUUUAUAUAAUAUAUUUAUUGCAGCAAAAAAUGCUGGUGUUAAGAGAAUGAUCUAUGCGAGUUCAAUUCAUGCUAUAACAGGUUAUCCAAAAGGUGUACAAGCAAAAACAACUGAACCACCAAAUCCAGGAGAUCUUUAUGGUGUUACAAAAUGUUUUGGUGAAGCACUUUGUCGUUAUAUGGGUGAAAAAGAAGGUGUACCAUCAAUAGCUGUUCGUAUUGGAGCAUUUCAAUCACAUUCAACUGCACAAAAUAAAGAUUCAAUAAGUAUGAUGGAUGCCUGGUUAUCCCAAAGAGAUUGUUUACAAUUACUUGAACGAUGUAUUGAUGCACCAGAAGAUUUAAAAUUUGCUCUUGUACAUGGUUUAUCGCGUAAUACAUUUAAUCGUAUGGAUAUUGAAUCAACACGACAAUUAUUAGGUUAUGAACCUCAAGAUGAUUUUUUUGAACAAUCAGAACUAUUUAAAAAUUUUAAUAUGUCAGAUGAAUUAGCUGAACAUAAUGUUAAAGAUGAUAGACAAAAAUCUGGUUUACGAGAUAAAUCAACAGAUGACAAGAACAAAGAUAAGAAGAAAUAG